UACGUGGGAAGGAAGAAAGUGGAAAAACCAAAAAAAAAAAAAAAAGAAGGGAAAGAUAAUCACGAAAGUGCCAUUUUGCAGCCGGACCUGAGGUGCAUGAAGCGACCAGGAUUGGAAUAUCUUCCAUGUCCAUUCUGAGGAUUGGAAUAUCCCCCAUGCCCAUUCUGUUUGUUUUAGGUUAAACACAAUACACAAAGCCCCAAGCUUAUCGUCAUCGUCAUCAAUACCACCACCAACAACAACAAGAAGGGAUUGUACUGACUGAGAGAAGAUAUCCAGAAAAAAGGAAAAAGAAUGUAAAGAAAUGAGUUUUUUUGGGUUUGAGCAGCUAUAGUUUCUUUAGUGUACUUUCAGGUUGUGUUUGUGAAUGCUAUCAUCGGUAUAGUAGCAAAUCUUUGGUGAAGAUUGUAUGAAACAAAUGAAAUUUUGACUAUUAUGUCUGAACUUAUUGAAGGUAUUCCAGACGCUGUUGCCUUUAGGUGCCUUGCUAGGGUUCCCUUCUACCUCCAUCCUAAAUUGGAACUUGUUUCUCGUUCCUGGAGAGCAGCCAUUCGUAGCCAGGAACUGUUUAAGGCACGGCAGGAAGUUGGUUCCUCAGAGGAGCUUCUAUGUGUGUGUGCAUUUGACCCUGAGAAUUUAUGGCAGCUUUAUGACCCUCGAGGAGACCUCUGGAUUACUCUCCCUGUUCUUCCCUCAAAAAUCAGGCAACUUGCACACUUUGGUGCUGUCUCGGCAGCUGGGAAAUUGUUUGUGCUAGGUGGUGGCAGUGAUGCUGUCGAUCCAUUGACUGGAGAUCAAGAUGGGAGCUUUGCCACAAAUGAAGUCUGGUCAUAUGACCCUGUAGUAAGACAGUGGGCCCAAUGUGCCUCCAUGCUUGUGCCUCGUGCUAUGUUUGCAUGUUGUGCAUUGAAUGGAAAGAUUGUUGUAGCAGGUGGUUUCACCAGCUGUCGAAAAUCAAUUUCUCAAGCAGAAUUAUAUGAUCCAGAUAAGGAUAUCUGGGUCCAAAUUCCUGAUCUCCAUCGAACUCAUAAUUCAGCAUGCACUGGGCUAGUCCAUGGAGGAAAGAUGCAUGUCUUGCACAAGGGCUUGUCAACAGUGCAAGUGUUAGACCCCGUGGGUCUGGGUUGGACAGUUGAAGAUUAUGGUUGGCUCCAAGGUCCAAUGGCAGUUGUUCAGGGCUGUAUCUAUGUCAUGAGCCAUGGACUUAUUUGCAAGCAGGAAGGGGAUUUGAGAAAGGUAGUGGUUUUGGCAUCUGAGUUUCGAAGGAGAAUUGGGUUUGCAAUGACAGGGAUGGGCGGUGACAUUUAUGUAAUUGGUGGGGUGAUUGACCCUGAUCAUUGGAAUUGGGAUAUCAAUCCAAUGUCCAAUGUUGAUGUCCUGACAGUCGGGGCUGAGAGACCAACCUGGCGCCAGGCAGCUCCAAUGACAAAAUGUCGUGGAACAAUUCUUGGAUGUACCCAGCUAAAAAUUUAGUUUAUGUUCUCUAUUCUAAUUGUUGCUUUGUUGUGAAAAUUUGUACUUUUGUUGAGGCAUUCGUACAUCUUGUUGGAUAUGAGAAAUGAAGAUAUUGCUGGAAGCCCUGUUUUGUCUGUUGUAAAGCCAUAAUAUUUGGCCUUAGUUUUUACUCCUGUUUAGAGGGCCAAAACUGAAGGUUUUUAUCAAUUCGAUUGGCAACAAAAUGAGUGGUACAUGUAAUUUUAUGUAGUUGCGGCAUAAAAAAAUAUUGUACUUUUUCUGUAUUGGGUAUUUCAACAUAAGAACAAGCUUCUUGUAUUCUUGUUCAUCUCUUGUUGGUAUAUAGUUAUUUAUUUGUUGA